AUGAAUUACACCUCAAGUACCUGGAGAAUUCUCCUCAUCAGUUUGUGGUGGGCGGGUGCGGUGGUUUCGGGGCGGCAACAGCUGAGCCGCCACACAUUGUUGGAACAAGACGGCGAUCGGGUGACUGAUCUCCCCGGACAGCCGCCGGUGAGCUUCAAUCAGUAUGCUGGUUAUGUUACAGUGAAUGAAAGCCAUGGUAGAGCACUGUUUUAUUGGUUUUUUGAAGCUGCAGAAACUCCCCAUGAGAAGCCUCUCCUUCUAUGGCUUAAUGGAGGUCCAGGAUGUUCAUCAAUCGGAUUCGGGAAUUUAGAGGAGUUAGGACCGUUUAAAACUCACAAGGGCAAGUCGGAGCUCUUUUUAAACCGUUACUCUUGGAAUAAAGCUGCUAAUUUGCUAUUUCUCGAGUCUCCGGUUGGCGUUGGAUUCUCAUAUACCAACACUAGCAGUGACAUCAAGCAACUCGGAGACAAAAUUACGGCCGAAGAUUCGUACAUAUUUUUGAUCAAGUGGUUUAAAAGAUUUCCACAGUACAAGUCUCAUGAAUUCUACAUUGCUGGUGAAAGUUAUGCAGGGCACUACGUUCCACAACUAGCUGAACUUAUAUUUGAUAACAACAAGAUCAUUUCAGAAGGCAAUGGCAUAAAUUUCAAGGGAUUUAUGAUUGGGAAUGCGUUGUUGGAUGAUGAAACCGAUCAGACAGGAAUGAUCGAUUAUGCCUGGGAUCAUGCUGUGAUAUCGGAUCGUGUGCUCAGCGAUAUCAAGGCCAAAUGCAAUUUUAGCGUCGCCAAACCGUCUAAUUCUUGUGAUGAAGCUUUGAGUGGAUAUUUUCAAGUUUACAGAAUAAUUGACAUGUAUAGCUUGUAUACACCCUCAUGUGUUGACGCUGACUCUAAUUCCACCCGUCCUCACAUGCGUGGCCAUGUUUCCCCUCGUAUUUUCUCCAAGAACAAAGGAUGGCAUAGGAAACCAACAGGGUACGAUCCAUGCCAACCAAAAUAUACCGAAUUGUAUCUGAACAAGCCGGAUGUUCAAGAAGCACUCCAUGCUAACACCACGAGAAUUCCCUACCGAUGGACGCAUUGUAGUGAUUCUAUCACAUUUUGGAACGACGCGCCUCCUUCCAUGCUUCCCACCAUCAAAAAACUAGUUGCCGGAGGCAUUCGUGUUUGGGUUUUCAGUGGAGAUACCGAUGGAAGAAUUCCCGUGACCGCUACAAGACUCUCGUUGACCAAACUUGGGCUGAAGAUAGUCGAAGAAUGGUCUCCGUGGUAUAGUAAUCAUCAGGUUGGUGGAUGGACGAUUGCAUACGAAGGGUUAAUGUUUGUAACGGUGAGAGGAGCCGGACAUCAAGUACCGACUUUCAAACCCAAAGAAGCUCUACAACUUGUUGACCAUUUUUUAUCCAAUCAGAAGUUGCCAUCUGUACCUUUUUAGAGUUUGUGUCACCGAGUAUACAUACUAAAUUGAUACAUAUCAAUUGAUCCAGAAACCUACAAAAGUAGUUGUGGGUUGUAUUUUAUAAGGU